AUGGCUCCGUCAAAGAAAGUCGUGAAAAAGAAUACGUUGCCAUUAGAAACGCUGAUUCGCAGAAGAAAUAAUAUUUUGGGAUCUGCUAAAUUGAUCCAGGAGUUUGACUCCAAUUACGUUGUGGAACAAGCAAAUCAAGUUCCAGUGCGAAUCGAGCGUUUGGAUGAGCUAUGGGAUCGCUUCGAAAGCGUCCAAGAAGAAAUCGAGCUAAUGGAAGGUGAAGAAGAAGUGUUCGCAGAAUCUCGACAAACAUUUCAGACUCUGUACUAUGAGCUGAAAGCCUCGCUAAAUAGUAAAAUUCAGAGAUCUGCAUCACCUGUCCUUAGCCGAAGAAUUCCCGAAAGUGUUGUGCCCCCUGUGAACCCCACUCUUUCCGUGAAACUUCCUGAACUGAAACUCCCUGAAUUCCACGGGAAUCCCGAAGAAUGGAUCGAAUUCAGAGAUCUUUUCAAAUCCGUGAUUCAUACGAACAAUUUGAUCUCUCCUGUGCAGAAAUUGCACUAUUUGCGUGGUUCCUUGAAGGGUGAAGCCUCUCGUAUCAUUUCCUCAAUCGCGAUCUCUGCCGACAAUUACGCGAUUGCGUGGAAAGCUAUUUGUGAUCGAUACGAGAACAAAAACUUUCUCAUCAAGCGUCAUAUGUCAGCCAUUUUGAAAAUCCCCUCAAUUAGGCGGGAAUCUGCCGUUGGGUUGGCUGAAUUAGCUGAUGAGUUCAACCGACACGUGGGAAUUCUCGAUAAGCUGGAGCAGUCUAGUGAACACUGGAACUCAUUCCUCGUUGAGCAUUUGAGUACCUUACUCGAUAUAAAGUCCCUUAUGGAGUGGGAAACACAGUGCCAAGAACAGGAAUCUCCCACUUACUCCCAGUUGUAUGAGUUCAUCCAUAAGAGGUCUCGAAUGCUCCAAAAGUGUAAAGUGUUAACCAACACGAACACAAGUGUGCAAAUGAAGAACACUAGAGGAAAAUCCUCUGCAUCUCAUGUCGUGUCGGAUAAUGUUGUGAAGUGCCUAAGUUGUAAGCAGGCACAUCAACUCUCGCAGUGCCCCACUUUUCUCAAGCUUACUCCGAACUCUCGUCUAGACUUUAUAAAAACCCAUCGUCUUUGUAUCAAUUGCUUGAGAAGUGGGCACUUAGCGAAAGACUGUCGCAGUAGUGUGUGUAGAAGUUGUGCCAAGAAACAUCAUACAUUGCUUCAUCUCCCUCCUCGAAACUUUAAUGGCACAACUUCUGAAGAAGUAAGUGAAAGUGAGACUCCACAAACCUGCAUAGCUGUGUCGACUGCUGUGACUACCAACACGUCAUCAGCACAAUCGUUCUCGGUAUCGCGAGCACCGCCGGUGGUGCGAUCGUGUCCGUCAAAUUCGUCGUCGCCGGUUACCCACACCCGAUCGAGUGGUGAACCGUCGUUUGGGUUGCUCUCACGGUCGGGAGAGCAGGUUGUCGAAUGCCCUCCUCUCGCGUCGCAGCAAUAUUCGUCGUCAUUCGAAAAUGAACCACCUUCCCCCCAAGAACAGCCCACAUCACUCACACAAGUCACUUCUCCGGAAAAUGCCACUAUAUUCCUAUCUACCGCUCUGGUGCGAAUAUUGGAUCGCCACGGUAAUUAUCAUCUCGCACGCGCUUUGCUCGAUAGUGGAUCGCAAUCAAAUUUUAUAUCCGAAUCGUUAUGCCAACGUUUGGAUUUGAAGCGCAACAAAAUCAACUUACCCAUCUGCGGUAUCGGACAAGCAACAGUUAAUGUCCAUUACAAAGUGCAUGCAAAAAUCACUUCUCGCUUCAAUCAAACCGAAUUUACACUCGACUGUCUCGUUUUACCCAAACUAACGGUUUGUUUGCCCAGUCUGAACGUUAAUAUUUCUGACUGGAAAAUUCCUCGCAACAUUUCUCUUGCUGAUCCGAAAUUCAAUAUUACCCACGGAAUCGAUCUAUUAAUUGGCACUGAACUGUUCUUCUUGCUUCUCGAAUCACACCAAAUCCUCCUUGGCGAAGGACUGCCAUUGUUACAGCGCACAGUUCUGGGGUAUGUAGUGUCCGGAAAAUCAAUUUUCCCAAUCCGUGAACACAUCGAUAUGCAACACCGCCAUAAUGCAGCCACCGGACUUAAACGAACAACUCGAACGAUUUUGGCAAAAGCGUUAACCGCGGAUGAAAAGGAGGUAGAAACGCACUUCGAAAAAACGUUUUCGCGGAGUGCCGACGGUCGAUAUGUGGUUCGACUACCUCUUCGCGAAGAACUAGUUCCAUUGUUGGGUGACUCAUACAGCACAGCUGUUCGUCGUUUUCUGCUAUUGGAGAAGAGGCUGUCAGCUGAUCAGCAAUUGCGAGAAGAUUACGAGAAGUUUAUGCAGGAGUAUGUGAUGUUGGGCCAUAUGGAAGUGUGCCGUCGCGUCGCGGGCCCGCAGUUCUUUCUUCCGCACCAUGCAGUGCGACGCCCUGAUAAUACCACCACCAAAACACGAGUCGUGUUCGAUGCCAGCUGCAAGGCAUCGGGUCAGCUGUCCCUGAACGACGUUCUCCACACAGGCCCGACGGUACAAGCGGCUCUUCUAUCUACAGUUGUAAACUUUCGAAAGCCGAAGUAUGUCUUUACAGCAGACAUAGAAAAAAUGUUUCGCCAAGUAUGGGUGCAUCCAGACGAUCGAAAAUAUCAACAGAUCAUUUGGCGAAAAGAUCCCUCCUUACCCCUCCAAGUCUACCAACUCAAGACUGUAACAUACGGUCUAGCCAGUUCACCGUAUCAUGCUGCGCGCGUACUCAACCAGCUUGCCGCCGAUUAUCAUCAUGAUCACCCCCUCGCCUCCUCAAUUAUCAAGCAUCGAACGUACGUGGAUGAUACAUAA